AAUGGUGUUUUUUGUUAAAAGUUUAAGCACAAAAUUAAAUGUUUCGCGCUAUCGCUAAGCCACUCCCCAUACUCACCCAAGUCAACUGAGAGAAGAGAGUCUCGUAGUUCUGUAAUUGUGGCCUCCUCCUGCGCCACCGCCACCGCCAGCGCCACCGUCUCACCCACCUUCUCCUCUCUGCCUGACCACGAUGACGGAUGGUGAUCAGCAGGAGGCCUUGGUUAGGCGUGCCGAGGAUGAGCGCGAGGAGAUUGUCAAGCGCUACGAGCUGGGCCUCGAUCCCUCCAACAUUGUGGAUCCCUGGGAAAAUCCCACAUUCGAAAUCUAUCACAUAACUGAUAAAUAUGGCUUUAUGCACGACUCUCGCCUGCCCACCACGCGCGACUCUCAGGAAAUGCAGCUAACCAAGAUUGAGCUCGAGCGUGAUAAAAAGUGGAUGAAGAUGCUGGCCAAGUGGCCGCCCCCUCAGGACAAGCUUCACACACGUGUGUACAAGGGUAUCCCCAAGGCCGUUCGUUGGCCAGCCUGGAAGAAGCUGCUCAAUGUCGACCAGUCGAUAGCCAACAAUGCCGGCGUUUAUCCCCGUAUGCUCCUGCUGGCAAAGAAGUACUCCACGGAGACGCGCCAGAUCGACGCCGAUGUAAAUCGCCAGUUCAGAGACAAUCUUGCCUAUCGGGAGCGCUACAGCAUCAAGCAGUGCUCGCUGUUCAAUGUGCUCAAUGCUUACAGUAUCUACAACUCAGAGCUGGGCUACUGCCAGGGUAUGGCUUGCGUGGCUGGCGUGCUGCUCUUAUUUAUGCAGGAGGAGGAGGCUUUCUGGGCCCUUAAUACCCUGAUCACCGACCAAAAAUACGGCAUGCACGGACUUUUUAUUGAGGGAUUCCCCAAGCUGACGCGCUUCAUUGACCACCAUGAUCGCAUUUUGUCCAAGAUCAUGCGCAAGCUACAUAAGCAUUUCACCAAACACAAUGUUGACGCCCUGCUGUAUGCCAUCAAGUGGUUCUUCGUGGUCUUCGUAGAGCGGGUCCCCUUCAGUCUGAGUCUACGCGUCUGGGACAUAUUUCUGUUGGAUGGUGAUCGCGUCAUUCUGGCUAUGGCCAUCACCAUUCUAUAUCUCCACAAGGAUGAACUGCUCCGCAUGAAGGACAUGGAUGCCAUCAUCGAGUAUCUGCAAGUAAAGCUCCACAAGAACUUUGGCUACUCCGAUGACGACGCCAUACAUGCCCUCGAACGUGUGAUGAAGAAGCUGAAAGACUUGAAGCUUGAUGUGCCUCCACCAGCCAAAUCGAAUGAGUUCCCCACACGGACCUUGGGAGACUUCGUCGAGGCGGAUAUGGAAAAGAAAAUCGGUCGCAGACGCAACGAUUACACAGACACGGAGAAGCAAGUCAUAACAGAUGUGAUAUCAAGACAAGAGCAGAAUGCAAUUGAUGUGCAAUCGACGGUGUCCUAUGAAACUUCGGAGUGCGCUACGGUUACGCUUACUGUUCCCGAGGACUCGCACUCAAUACGAAGUUCGCUUGCAGGUACUUCAGUUGCCUCGCACGGCUCGUCGGAUACCAUGUCGCUGGAGGACAACAAUAUUCACCUGAAAACCGCCAAUAUGCUUCAGAGCACGCCACAGCGAGAGAUGCUUUUGGGCACCUGACGUCAGCUGCCGCCGGCGUCUAGCUCGACGCUGGCAGCUGCAGAAAAUCAUACCACAACAGCAUUAGGGAGCACCGCCACGUCUUCUCCUCGAGCCAGCCCAACACCACCGCCUGUUCCGCCCCGAUCGCCGCUAGCUCUUGGAUGAUUGGCAAAGCAGCAGACGACAACGAACCAACGAUCUGGAAUAACCUAGGGCCUGCUCGUUUUCGUCUGCUGCCUAUGCCUUGCCUGGAGUCUUCUAUUCUUACCACAGCAACUGGAACAGCAGCAGCAGCAGCAUAGCUGGCAAACACACCACUUCCAAGAGUAGCGAACUAAUUUAUGAUAAUCAUCAAUCACACCAUCUGUACAUAAGUCGUUUAAGUUGGAGAACAAAGAAAUGGCGCUUGCAAAGAAGCUUUUGGCGGACUCAGUUGAUCCAAUUUGGGGUACAACGGAGCUAAAUGAAUAUUGCAGAAUGGUAACUUCUGUUUUGAAAAUUGAUUAAGCAAUUGAGAAUUAAAUGCAAAAUGCUAAAGGAACAAUAUUUAAGCAAGAGCAAAUCGUAUCUAAUACACAUACAAACCGGUUAGAAGUCUAUUAGAUUGCAUAUUGAACUACAAAUAAACAUAUAUUAUAAAUUGUUGUAAAUUGUACUUGUAUAUACGUACCGAUGAAAAUACAAAGCAACGUUAAAAAGUUACGUCCAAGAAAUGUGAGCGAGUGUAAAGCCGGUGCCGGUGCCGGAGCCGGACAUGGAGCCAAAUGCAACCAAAUAUUAAUCGAAGAAUCGAAUCAUUAUGAUAGAUAUAAUAUAUGUAGUUAUACGAAACCGCAACAAAUUGACGAACGAAAUGAUAGUGCAUUCUUUAUAAUAAUUUCCGGGUUAAAUAUUUACACGGAUCAGACCAUGAAUCAUUAAAUUAAGUUUCCCAACGAGGGAAUCAUGUUUAUUUAAGUAAUAGAUUAUGUUCAAGAGCGUUUUGAAAUAAAACUUAACUGAA